UCAUCGUCGAGAUAUCGUUAGUGAAACUGCUGCUCGAAAAACCCGCAGUUGUCUUUUGAAGCCACUGAUGGUCGCAACCCCAGGCUAAAGGUACAGUUACUUUUAGUACGACGAUGGAAGCCUCAAGUGCAAAAGUUGUGGAUAAAAUGGGGAAAGUGAUGACGACCUCGCCUCAUCGAUGCCUGAGGACAGUGAAGCUCCCGAAAAAACCACUGGCGACGAAGCCGUCGGUUCAUACGACAGCAUGGAGUUAUGCGAGCUAGGCCUCGUGAGGGCCACUGCCCAAGUUGUCAGUAUCGACACGUGGAAGGAUCAGCUAGAUUUCGAACGCGCUUGUUCAGCGGCGGUGCCAGGGGAGAGGUGCUGGUUGAGCGGCGAAUUGACUUCGUGGAACCGAGUUCUGAACAGCCUCGAAUACGAGCUCGUCGAGACGCGGCCUGGCAGUGCUCGCCUACAGAAAGCCGACUGCGAUGAUUGCGACUCCGACAAGUCUGUGAAGGAUGUCGCCCGCGAGGCAGCGGUUCUGAUCUCAUGGCUUUUGGAGCACCACCUUUGCAUCGAAGAGUUAAGCCUGUAUUAUCCACGAGGUUACGGCCACAAGGCACCUCCAGUUCCUUUCCCAAUCCGCGUGCGCCCUUCAGUUGGUUCGAAUCCCGACCGCUAUUUCAGACAUGUGAAAAUCGAGAAGGCUCCGCACCGUUCCAGUAAUUUGUUCACCGAUAAUGAAGUAGGUGACUUGUUCGAACUUGAAGGCCUCGACACCGUCCGUGGCAUUGAGAAGCUCAAGGUUGUCUCCUCCAAAGUCACAUUCAAGUUUGCCGCUCAACUGGAGUCCCUGCUGCGACGCAACGCCAGCACCCUCAAAGCGGUGAAGAUCACAAAAGCGAGACUGCCAAGGAAUGUCGACUAUGCACUGCGAUGUCUCGUGAACUGCGAGUCGCUCACCCUAUGCCCAUAUUACGACUGGGGCCGUCGUGCCCCGAGCCUGGUCUCGGUGGCGCAACUCCUGCGCACAACGAGUGCACUGAAGAACCUCAGCAUUCUUAUCUGCCCGAUCAAAAGGAAGAAACAGCUGACCACAAUUGCUGAAGCCGUCAAGGUGAACACUUCGUUGACGAAGCUCUCUGUGUCCUCUAUGGAAAUCAACUUUUCACCUGAGCCAAUAUUUGUUGCACUUGAGGCAAACAAGACCCUGAAGGAACUGCAGCUUCAGGAGUGUAACAUCGGUGUGUUCUCUGGACUAGCACUGGCAAAAGCACUUUGGAAGAACACUAGCCUCCGCAGCUUGCGCAUUACUGAAAGUGCUAUUUCUGCCGACAGCAUGCAACUGCUGGCAGCCGUACUCCGGGUGAACUCCACACUGGAAGAGAUUGAGCUUUCUAGCAGGGAGUCUCUGCACUACAGUGGAAUCUCCGUCCUAUGUUCUUCCCUGGCCAAGAACAACACAUUGAAGAAACUAACCCUUGGCAAGUUUCGAGCCACCAGACAGGAACGGGAGGCUCUGGCGCAGACGCUGACAACAAAUGAUAGCUACGGCCGUGUUCAGAUGUCUUGGGCAAAGCCAGACAUUAACGGCCUUUGGAACGCCCUGAUCUCUGCUACAGCAUGCCCCGAAGAAGUGCGCCUUCGUGAGAUUCCCAGUCUACCAAAGGAAGCCCUCGAGCUGCUCUUCAAUGCAAUUGCCUCGAGCGAGCGCGUUCGCGCUUUCCGGGCUUUGUGGGAAGGGAACGUUCAGGCAAAGGGUGCAGCUUUCUGUGAAAUGCUCAAGUCUAAUCGAUCCAUCAGAAUUCUGGACAUCUUCAUAGGAACUGGCAAUGCCAAUCUCGUCCACGACGUUUUUCAUGCCCUCGCGGAAAACGAAGGGAUAACCAAGGUGAUGAUCGGCCUUGACGCCCUCGAAAGCGAUGAGGCGGCCACAGACAUCUCUUACUUCCUGGCUCGCAACAAGACGGCCACUUCAUUUUACUUGACAACAGUGCGCCACUCUCUUUAUGAGGAAUUUGUGGAGGAGUUCUCAAAGGGAAUGUGGCAGAACAGGUUGAUUGUAGACUUCAAGUUGAAUAAGAACUUGAUUUGCGACGAAGGGAGCUUCACUGUUUUUGAAGCGGUGCGAAGAAACAAAGCCGCUCUGAACCGUGCAGUGGAUUUCAUUCUCCGGCACAAGGCAGACAGGGAGUGUGCAGAAGCCUUCGAGCUAUUUUCGAAGACGCCUCUUCUUGUUUCCCAAGCUGUAAAGGUUACCGAGAAAACAGAAGGCGAGGUAUUGGCAGAUGUGGUCUCCGCUGCCAACUUCUUGACUGACAACUAUCUCACCAUCACGGGGAUCGUUAAGAACUCCGUUGAAUGCCAUUCCGCUGAGGGCACUCAAAUAGCCGCUCUGAACAAGGACUGUUGGCGUGCAAUAUGUCGCCAUCUCAAAGUCGCAGAUGUAUUGGUGCCGCAGUAGAGAUUGCACGAAAUCCUGCUUUCAUCAAAUCAUGCCGAAUGAGUUGUUCCCGCAUACUGAAAAGCAUCAUAAGAGCCUUUAUAAACUUUUUAUAAGAAGCAUCAGAUUUGCAACUGCAAUCUCCGAAAUUUGUUGAGGCGUCACUGACUGUUAGUAUUCACAGCACCAUGAACAAGCCAUUCAUGUGCUACAUUUUGUGCCUGCCAUUAUUAUUCUUGCCGUCAUUUGCAGGCUUCUUACAUUCUCACUUGCCAUGUGCUCCUUGUUUAUUAGACAAUGAAAUAUCUGCUUAUGAUUACAUUAGUUACCAUUUUGUGAACUGUUAAUUUGUUUUGUAUUUGAUACCGCCACACUACGUGCUGGCUGUGUUAUGAGAGUCUGGUGCUGUCGUGUUUAUGGUAGCUGAAUCAUCUUUUACUAAUGUUGUUUUGGCUGUUUAACUCAUUUUGUAUAACCAUUCCAGCUACCUCUUUACGCAAAACACAUUAAUGGCGCUAUAAUAAUAAUUGUUUUAUUUAAUAAUUCUCUUCCUGUAUCUUGUCUAUCGUCAAACAGAUCUGGCUUGAUGUAAACGAACAUUUUGUUUAGCCUUUGCCUGCUUUGUGCAACCUUCAUUUUUUUUCUUUUUAAUUUCCAAUGGGCUUUAUAGUUACCGACAUGAUUUCGGUUGAAUUUCAUAUUCUGUCAGUUUUGCAUAGGUAAGGUUCGCUGUGUUCACACUAUCCGACACUGAGGCUUCUUUUAUAUAGGUGCAACGCGAUUACACCUUUUUUAGCUGUUGAAAUGGUUUUAGCUGUUGAAAGAGGAGCACUGUCCUUGGUACCGCAUUUUAGCACUGCCAUACUUUUAACUAAUUUACCAUUCUCAGCAAUAUCUGUAAUUGUCGCAGCUGCUCUUAGGCACUUUCUGCCUGCCAAUACUUCAGUCUUGCUGUGCAAUAGUUGGAUUCAUAUUUUUAUGAAUCAUGGUAGAAGCAUCAGUUAUGAUUAUGUUUACGACUGUAACUGUUAGUCAAUGUACUGGCUGGUUCUCAGCUAUCUAUGCAGUGCAUUUUUUAGCUGCACCUACUUUCAUUCCUGGCGGAGAUUUCUGUAUAUUUUAUUUUAUUUUGGGUAGUAUCCCAAAACUUGUGUGAUUUUGUUUUUUUUCUCCGUAAGUGGUUCUUAUGCUAUGUAGCGUUACGGACAUUUUAUUGUUUUCUAAGUCAUCAUAGCUGUGGUGCUCACUGUGUUCAGUAUUGUGAAAAAAGUGUUAUUAAUAAAGCUUGC